UCUUGCGGCUUACGCUCUAAGUUAAAUAUUUACUUAGGUGUAAAGUCCUAAUUUACAAUCAAAUGUUAUUUAAUACGUGAGCCGUGACAUUGUGCUUUUGUAACUUGCAUUGUAGAUACGCUACAAUUAUAACUAUAUUGAUAAGACAUAACUUACUGAUAACAUAGAAAAAUAACACAAUGGAUAAAAAUACUUCUCUUUCGGGAUUGUUAUCCUUGUACAAGAAAUGGGUUAUUAGUAAUCCAGGAGUCGUAACCGACGUUGAAACUGUAGCAACAUGGUCGUCUUACUUCGUUGCGGGAAAAAUAAACAAGUCACCAAUAGUUUCUGAACUAGUAUAUUCGCUGUCUAAACUAGUAUCUCUUUUUAAUGAUAAAUUAAUAAGAGAAGCAUAUGGCAAUGAUAUUCAGAAUUACGGUCUUAAAGAACAAAUCGAGCUAUGGCUCACAAUUAUUCACUACUGUGAGGUUUUUGUGGAACUGGCAGUGAAAAAUAGAUGGGGAAUCAAGGGUAAGUGGACUGCAGCCACAUUAUUGCAAUUAUUCAAAUGUUCAUCAGCAUUGAUACUGCUUUAUAGAUUCAAAGAAAUUCCUAUAACACACCCACCAAUUCCUGUACUCCAAAGGAAGAAAUUUAUUGAUGGAAAAGACAUAGAAGAAAAUUCCAGUAGCUUCAUUACAUUAAAAAGGUCAGGCAGAAUAAUGAGACGAGUAGAUGGAGCACCCCCUGUCGCCUUGCGAGACUGGCAGCCUGUGAAAAUUUUAGACGACAAAACCAACACAACUAUACAAGAGAAAGAUUUAUUACAUGCAGAAUUGCUCCACAUUAUAAAACCCUUGAUUCACCUUGCAGCAAUGAAAGCUUUUGGAACAAAAGCUUGGAAACAAUGGAUGGUAGCUUUAGCUAUUGAUGUUGCUAGUUUUAAGUUAUAUAACCGUCACCUUAAGGAGCUGUCUUAUGAACAGAGGCUUGAAAUAAGUAGAAGAAAGUUGGGUUUAGUCUUAUAUCUACUCAGGAGCCCAAUGUACAAUGGGUAUUCAAAGAAUGUAUUGGAAGGUUUACUUACAACCGCAUCUAAUAGAAUUCCACUUAUGUCUCUUAUAUGUGGACCAAUAAUCCAGUAUCUUAAUCACUGGCAAGAUAUUUACUUUUACAUGUGGGCUUCAUAAUGUGUUUUGAUUUAUGUACUAUCAAAGAAGUUAACCCCUAGGCAGAUGGGGGACCUAAG